AUGGACAGUCGCAGGCCGCUGCCAGACUCCCACAACCACAGGCACUCUUCGGCGCGGAGUAUAAUCUCGGUGACUCCAUCAGUAGGGUCGUCGGGGUCGUCCAAGAACGAUCAGUCCCAGGGCGCAACUCGCAAUACCAGCACGAGCACUAAUAUAUUACGACGGUUUGUGUCCCGGAACAGCACGGCUCAUGACAUGGAACCGAUGGAUGAUCAUGCUCGCUCAGUGAGCAGCGCCAGCAGCUACAGCCAAAGCGCUCAUCAGCAAAUGGCAACCCACCGCUCCGCCGACAGCCAGAAUUCUGCGCUUGCCCGAGUUAACAAUGCCAGCGAUGAGGAGAUCAACUCAAUGUUCGAGGUUCUGUUACAGAGUCGGGAUGCAGGUAAGACCCCAGAAAAGGGCCAGCGUCAAAUGCUAGCGUUCCCAGUAGAGAAAAAGCGCCUUUUGCUUCGUCAAAGCGCUUUGGCGGGCAGUGAACUUCCCAUGUCUGGGCCAAUUUCAUCAGUACCCACUCCGCAUAUAGGCCAUGGUCAAUCGAAUCUGCCGCCGGCAUCCACCCCUCUCCCCCAGGACGAACUUCCAGAAUACUAUGUACGCCGAAUUUUGGAGAAGAAAUUCGACACCGCGUUUUUAUCCAGUCUCAAUGUUCAAAUACGCACCAAGCCCGUUGGCUGGGUCGAACGGUUUGUGAACCAACAUCAGGGACAAAUCGCAAUGUGCACUGUACUGGCACAAAUCAACAAGCAGCCACCAGAGGCACUGAGCGACCGGGAAAAUGAAUACGAAUACGAACUCGUUAAAUGUUUCCGUUCUCUUUACAAUGUGGAAAAGGCUGCCGGACAGACGCUCCAUAACUUCAAAAUCAUCGACACGCUCUGUCGCUCCCUCAUGUCGAGAAGAGUCCAGACCCGCAGAACCGUCACGGAAUGUUUGACGUACGUGGUAUGCGUCAAGGGGCCAGACCUUGUUCUUCAGUCUUUUGACCACAAUAUGUUGAGCGAGCCGGAUGGACAACUUGUCGCCAACAGGUUUUCUCGCUGGAUCAAAGCCAUUAUUCGCAUGCUCGAAGGUAGAGGUAUAAUGGGCUCCAUGGUCGGAGCAAGCCAAAGCUAUCGAACUGGAGGUCUCUCUGCCGAGAGUUCCUUGAUCGAGUAUGGCCAGACAUCGCUAAUUCUCAUCAACCAAUUGGUCAGUAAAGUGAAUUGCGCAGAUCUCCACCGCAGACAGCAUCUGCGAACGCAGCUGAGAGCAGCCCAUUUGGAAGAACUUUUCCAGGUUAUGCAUAAUUCUGACUCCGACAAACUCGAGCUAGAAAUUGAAAAGUUCUGGGCCGCUCAAGCGGAGGACAUGGAAGCUUCUGAGGCCGAAAUGCGGGCUAGAGGCCACAAUAUAUCCGCGAUUACUGCUUCUAGCAAAGGGAGUGAUAGCCUUAUGGAGCUGUCACAAGUGCUACGUGAUAAGGUGCGAGGCACUGAGUCUGAGGGAUUGGUUCAAUCUUUACUCAGUCAUAUGAUGAUGGUGCGGGAUGAUCCAAACCGCGAAGGCGCGCUAGUCUUCAGGUUGAUGGAUGAGCUGGUAUCUCAUAUCGUCAUGUCGCGGGUUGAUGGUCAUAACGAUAGCACUGUUAUUACUUUCGGUGUUCAGAAGCUGCUGGAUCGGCUACUUAUCGACACUGAGGCUCGCCGCGCUCAUCUCGAAAAGACUGAAGCUCUGAGAAAAGCUGCCGAGGCGAAAGGUGAAAGAGAUGAAAUGGAAAAGCUGGUCAAGCUGGGUGCAGAUGGGAACGUCGGCCGUUUGCAGGCCCAAAACAAUGAGUUGAGAGCCAUGCUUGAUAUGUUCCGCAACAAGGCCCGUGAGCUUGAAACUGAACGUGAUGAAAUGAUCGAGCAGCAUCACCGGGCUCUUCAGACUCGUGAGGCUGAGGCCAGAGAACUUUACCUUAUGCUCAAAGAACAUGAGGUUCAGGUUGCAACUUCAGUCAAUGGUGGUGUUGAUCGUCGUCAGUUGAUGGAUCGCCUUGCUCAUCGGCUUGAAGGCUCUUUGAAAAAUACUAUUACUACGAAUAUCGAGCCUAGUAAACGAUUGAGGGAACUCCGUGAUCAGAUGGAGGCGUUGCAAUCGUUUGCUCGCGAUCUUGAGCUCAACGGGAGCGAUGAUGAAGAGGUGCCGACACCUUUACCUGCUGCGCCAACCUCUAAAAAGGAUCUCCAUGAAAUGCGUCUCAAAUAUUUGCGUCAAUUGGAGAGUCUCCAAUUGGAGUCAAAUGACGUUGCAAAGUGGAUUGCUGAAGGCCGUGUUCAGGAGCUCAUGUCCGCACUUAGUGAGAAAGAGAAAGAAGGGCGUUUUGAGCCUGCUGUAGCAGCUGCUCUUGAUGCAGUUGAGAAUCUUGAUCAGCCUAGUGGACCAAAGUCUGCAGGUGAGCCUUUGGCUGCACAAUCUAUUCGUCCGACCAAGGCCGCAGCAAUCAAACUUGAAGAGCUACUUUCUGUCCGUCCCAAGAUUUCUCCAGACUCACCAGAGCCAACCGGCCCUAUUUCUGACGACUCGAAACCAAUCGGUGAUACCGCGAGUGGAUCGAGUGCACCACUUCCGCCGUCUUCUGGAGGCCCCCCGCCCCCUGGUCCGCCUCCUUCAUCUUCAGGUCCGCCUCCUCCUGGUCCUCCGCCGGCACUUGGUGGUCCACCUCCCCCACCACCUCCUCCGCUUCCUCAAUUGGCAGGUGGUGCUCCGCCACCUCCGCCUCCGCCUCCGCCUCCUCCUCUUUCAAACAGCCCAGGUAUUGGGAGCGCCCCACCUCCCCUACCACUUCCAGGAAGCGGUUCGGCAAGUCCUGUUAUCGGUGGACCUCCACCACCACCUUUACCUGGUGGUGCUUUACCAGUGUUGGCCCAAGGGGGCCCAGCAGCACCUGGUCUGGGCAAAUUGCCAGCUUACAGGACGGGCGGCCAAGAAGCAGAGGACGAGGUUAAACCGGUCCCUAUCAGGAGAACUGCCACACAGCUCAAGAAGAUUCAUUUCGAUCGUUUAGAUACAGUUGCAGGCACAAUUUGGGACGGUGCUAAGCGUCCCGGCGAACCACAAAUGAUGGAGCUUUUGCGAAAACAGGGUGUUUUCGAAGAGGUUGACAAAAUUUUCGUUGCCAAAGAAAUUAAGCAAAUUCGCAAGAACAAAAAGAGCUCCGAGGCCAAGCUGGAGUUGCUGCCUCGCGAAAUCUCGCAGCACUUUGAAAUCAAUCUGCAUCCCUUCAGCUCGCUGGAUGUCGAUGAGGUUGUUUUGAAAGUACUCGUGUGUUCGCAGGAUAUUUUGGGGCAUCAGAAUGUUCUUGAAUUUUUCACCACUCCAGAUUGCAUCGAAAUUUCCAACACGUUGGCUCGUCAGUUCCAGCCCUAUGCUACUGAUUGGGCCUCUGGUGCAGAUCCCCAUAGACCAGAGAAGGAUCCGUUGACACUCGCCCGAAGUGAGCGUAUUUAUUUGGGGCUCUGCUACAAUUUGCAGCAUUAUUGGCCGGUUCGAAGCCGGGCAGUGUUAAUGUCGCAGACGUUUGAACGCGAGCACCAGCAGCUAUUCUCCAAGCUCAGUACGAUUGACCAGGCUUGCGAUGCAGUUAUGAACGCGGACAGUUUCCAAAAGCUUUUGACGAUUAUUCGUGAUGUUGGUAACUACAUGAAUAACUCUAGCCAACAGGGUUUCCGCCUGGGCACACUUGCUCGACUCGCCUUCACCAAAGAUGACACUAACAGUUUGACAUUUUUACAUUAUGUUGAACGCAUUGUCCGGAUGGGCAUGACACCCGAGUUGGAGAACUUCACUGUCGAUUUGGCGCCAGCUGUAGAGGCGUCCCGCUCUUCGCUAGACUCUCUCAAGCGCGAAUGUACACAAUUUAUCAACACAGUGAAGAAUAUCCAGGCAUCUAUUGAUGGUGGUAAACUAAGCGACCCGACGGUUUUCCAUCCCAAAGAUAAAUGUCUGACGGUAAUCCUGCCUGCUAUCAAGGUGGCCAGGGACAAGGCUGAUCUACUGAGUGAUUUCCUGCGGUCCACCUCGAGCAAGUUCGAAAAAGCCAUGCGUGCGUAUGGCGAGGACCCCACCGACCAGUCUUCUUCUCUGUCGUUCUUCAAAAAGUUUGCUGAAUUUGUUACAGAGUAUCAACGGGCCCGCCAGCAGAACGAAGUUCGCGAACGAGAGCAACGGCUCUACGAGCAGCGCCGCCAACUUGUUGAGGCGCCUAAAAAGGCUGAUGCACUCAAGGAUGGACCUCCAGCCUCACCAGAAGGCAAGGGCACUAACGUUGACGACCUGAUUGAGCGACUGAAAGCCGCUGCGCCGCCAUCCGGGGCGCGGGCCGCCCGCCGGCGGGCAGCUCGUCGUCCAGAACCGCGGUACACUCCACCAGACGAGCCCAGCAGCACGAGCUCAGAGUCCAGCAGGCCUGAGUCUGAAAGCAGUGAGCCGGCAAGCGAGCCCCUUCCUCCGUCGACUGGAUCGCCCAGCCGCCGACUGCGGACUCCACUCACCACCCCUGAACGGCCGUCGCCAUCACGCAGUGCUGCUGAGGUUGCUGAUAUUGGCAACCGCGCCGCGCAGCUGCUGAACGAGCUGCGCAACAAGCCAUCGUCGACGUCUGUGUCGCUGCAAGGAUCCCCGCUGCGGCGGUCGCCUAAACGCGAGUAG